AGAGUGGGGAGCGGAUACAGGGGACCUCUCUCUCACUCUCUUUAGCUGGCAGUUACCAAAAAUUCUCCUCUCAUUACCCAAUUAUUAUUAAUUAUUAAAUAGGGAUUUUUUUUUUGGAAUUGCUGGUUUCUUGGAUUCGUUUCUGGGUUCUCUUAGAUUGGUUUAUCUUAUUCUCAAAGAUAUUCCAGUUCUUGAGUGGAGUAUAGGAGGCGGAUCUAUUUAUGGUCUUUUGGUGCAACUUUUGAGUUGUAUUUUGCCUAUUUGGAUUCAUCUGAAGGAGAAAUCUGCUGAGUUAGAGCAACAACAAUGGCAGCAUUAGCACCAGGAGUCCUCCUAAAACUCCUCGAAGCCAUGAAUACCAGCGCCCCAAAACCCAUCGGAGACCACCGGAGUGCGCUUCUCCAGGUCACUGACAUUGUUCCUGCCGAGCUCGAUGACAAGGACCUCUACCCAAAACAUGGCUUCUACAUUAAAGUCUCGGACUCCUCCCACUCAAUCUAUGUCAGCCUCCCCUUUGAUCAAGAUGACUUAGUUCUGAGCAACAAAAUCCAACUCGGGCAGUUCAUCUAUAUUGACCGCUUGAACCCUGGAUCCCCUGUUCCAUUCAUCGUCGGGGCCAAGCUAAUCCCAGGUCGACACCCAUUAGUGGGAACCCCAGAGCCAAUUGUAAGAAUUAAGGAGAGUUCAGUUAGGAAAUCAUCUGCACAUAGAAGAGGCUCAUGGGGUUCUGAGAAUGUGGGUAUAGGGCCCAAUUCGCCUUUGUUGGUUAAGCCCACUACACUGGAUUUCGAGGAGAAGACCCCCAAAAAGUUGAGUUUUAGAUCUUCCGUUAAUGGGUUUGCUUCUUUGAAGAAGGAAGAUCAGAAAGAUGCGAGCUUUGGAUCAGCAAGGAAGAGUUGUGCGUUUUCAAGGAUUCCUAAGAUGGUGCCGAUGAGUCCCUUGACCAGUGAGAAGAGUGUGAAGAGUACUUCCAGGUUGCGGAGUGGGAGAAUGGAAGUUUGCUCUCCUGUUGUUAAAGAAUCCAAGAAGUCAAAUGGAAGUAUAAAUCAAUUGCCGGGAAAGAUUAGUUCAUUACAGAAGGAAGCUAUACAGAACAGAGAAGCAGCUCAGAAAGUAGCUCUGCAAGCACUUAGAGAUGCACAAGCAACAGAAACUCUUGUUCGAAUUCUCAAGAUGUUCUCAGACUUGACGAGCCAAGCAAAACCCACGUCCCCCUCAACCUCCAUCGAUCAAUUCCUCUCCUUCCAUCAAGAACUCUCAAAAGCGAUGAUCGACAUGGAGAAGAUCCAAGAAGCUACAACGUGUCAAGAAACUUCACCCGUCCUACAAGAAAUAGUGAACACUUCACCGAAAUCAAGCAAGAAGUCAUCUUCGAGCAAGAAGUCAUAUCUGAGCUCAGUCAAGCUUGCGAAAGAGGUGGAGAACGAAGCUGUGAGCUGGUUCAUGGAGUUCUUGGAUAUGGCACUUGAAGGAGGAGGAGGGAUUAAGAAAGGGAAAGGAGGAGAUGGGCACAAAUCAUUUUGCUCACAGUCAUUGAUACUUAAGGUUAUUAAUUGGGUUGAAGUUGAGCAGAGUGAUGGUAGCAAGAGGCCAGUUCAUCCUAGAGCUAGCCAGAUUGCAAGAAAGCUAAGGAUAAAAGCGAAGAACCCAUAAAUUAUUAAAGUUUAAUGGAUGAUUUGGGGGAAAAGUGUGUUGAUUAUUUAGAUUAUACAUAUAUUGUAGAGUGUGUGCUUACUUAAGGGGAGAAUGUACUUGUUCUUUGAUUUGUAUGGAUGACAUUGUUUUAUCUCAAUCUCUAUGUUACGUCAUACGUGCAGUUUUUA